AUGUCCGACAACACUAUCCGGCAGUCCUCCCCUGAGCCAACACUACACGACGACUUGGGCAUGUCAAGUCCUGCAAGACAGGGCAUCAACGCGCCAGAAUGGCGUCAGAAGAGGGUCAUGGCCGUCAAGGUCCUGAUGGGCGUCAUGGUGGCCAUCCUCGUUGUCUUCCUUGCCGACCUUUCAUACCUUUUCGGUGCAUCCUUCAAAGUAAAUGAUCGAGUAUCGGCACUUAACAUCCUCGUUGUUGAUUACGAUGGUGGCCCUAUUGGAGAGUCAGUCUCAACUGCCUACCAAGGUCUGCAGAGCCGCAAAUUCCCAUCCCUCGACUUUCAAUCGUCUUCCAACUACCCCGACCCUGAAGAUGUGAGGCACAGCGUGUGCAAGGCCGAUUACUGGGGAGCCGUCUUUGUCCACAAGGGCGCCUCUGACCGUCUUGCUGCUGCCAUCGAAGGCGGCUCUGCAGCCCAGAACUACGACCCCACGGACAGUGUGACAUUCAUCUACAACAGCGCCAGAUACCCAACCACAGCAUCUGGAUACCUCGUCUCCAACUUCCAAUCCCUCCUCGGCGCCAUGCGAGGUGGCUACUACCGAACAAAGGAAGGCCAAGCCGCCUUUGGCAACGUCAACAGCAGCGAUCCCGCCGCCAUCCAAGCCUACCUCAACCCCAUUCAGGGAGCCCCCGACGUGAUCCGUCCUACGAACCAAGCCGCGAGAAACCUCUACAACACCAUCAACAUCGUCAUGGCUAUUCUGGGCCAGUUCUUCUACGUUCUCGCCAUGAACGGCAUCUUUGACAGCUUUGGCAUUCACAAGAGCAUGCGCAUCAGCCACGUCUACGUGAUGCGAUUCAUCACCGGCAAGGUCUUUUCGAUGCUGUUCGCCAUCGUUGUUACUGGAUAUAUCUGGGCUUUCCGUGAGGAUUGGGGUGUCAACGGCGGACACUGGGCUCUCACGUGGUUGACGUUCUGGCUGUUUAUGGAUACCAACUUCCAAGUGCUGGAGUCGACUAUAAACAGUUUUGUACCGAUGGCGCUUACACCAUUUUUCCUACUCACAUGGUUCAUGGUCAACGUCUCGGCCUGUAUCUUCCCCUUCGAGCUUAUGUCUGGAUUCUACCGCAUCGGAUACGCAUUCCCUGCUCACGCUCUUUGGAUCGUUCUGAUCGAAGUUUGGUCCGGAUGCGGCAACUACCUGCACAUCGGUCUUCCCGUUCUGUUUGCUUGGUGGGUGGUGGGACACGUCACGGCCGUGUUUAGCAUCAGGAAGAGAUGUCUGGCGCAGGCGGCGGCACCACAAGCUGCUGCUGCCACUGAGGGGAAGGAGGAGUAA